GAUAAGAAUUUUUUUAACAAAACAAACCCAAAUCUUGAGCGAUUUUAAUUUCUCUACUUUGUUUCUUAUUAAACUUGCAAAAAGAAAAAGAAAAAAAAACACGUCCAACCUAAGGCCGAAAGAGUGAACCCUCCGCCGGAGCUCAGAUCACGAUCACCGUCACGAGGAAAGAGGGAGUGACUGUGAGAAAGAGAGGCGAAGAUGGUAGCAGGAGAAGUAAAGAGGUCUGAGAUGAUGCAGAAUCUCUUCGGAGAUAAUUCCGAGGAAGAAGAGAUCGAUUCCGAACACGAGUCCAAUCCUCACCCCAACUAUCCUUCCGAUGAGGCUGAGGGCGGGGUGGAGCCUGAAGAAGAAGGCGAAGUUGAGGUUGAGGUUCACGGAGAGGCUGAAGCUGAAGCCGAAUCUGAUGGGGAGGAACAGGGCGAUGUAGAACCUGAUCCUGGAGAAAGUGAGGGUGAGAGGGAGCAAAGUUCACAGGAGGGUGAUGUUGCUGAUCCACGGGAGGAAAGCGAAGAAGAAGAAGAAGAAGACGAAGACGGAGAUGAGGAAAGAGUAGCCACGAACAGGAGACAAGAUGUUGUUGAGAGUGGAUCAGAGAGGUCUGGCGAAAAGCAUUACGAGUCUGAAGAGGAAGAGGUUGAUCAGAAUAGGAGUCCAAGAUCACCUAGUGAGGAGAAGGAAGAGGCUCCAGUUGCACAGUCAGACGUGAAUAUCCGUAAUGUAUUUGGAUCUUCGGAUGAUGAAGAUGCAGAAGAAUAUGUUCGUAAUGACGUUGAGCCUGAUGAACCCAGAUCGCCAAUCGAAGAUGAAGAGGGCUCUGAGAAGGAUCUGAGACAGGACGAUACGGUGCUUGAUGAUGAUAUGCUCCCUGAAGAGGAUCCUCGAUACGAGUCAGAAGAUGAGCGUGUUGACCAUGUUGAAGCUAGGCAUAGGGAGAGGCCAGUUGGGCCCCCUUUGGAAGUGGAGGUUCCUUUUCGCCCUCCUCCAGGUGAUCCCAUAAAGAUGAACAUGAUAAAAGUUUCCAAUAUCAUGGGCAUUGAUCCAAAGCCAUUUGAUGCCAAGACUUUUGUUGAAGAAGAGACAUUUGAGACAGAUGAAUCUGGAGCCAAGACGCGUAUUCGUCUGGGAAAUAAUAUUGUUCGCCAUAGUUCUUCUAAUCCUUUAGUUCUUCUACUUGUUUCUUACUUCUUCUGCAGUCUGCUAAUGUGCCGUUAUGCUCAUAUGCAGAGUGAAAGUAAUGCUAGGUUUGUAAGGUGGUCAGAUGGAAGCUUACAGCUAUUGAUAGGAAACGAAGUUCUUGAUAUAACUGAACAAGAUGCACAACAAGACCAGAAUCACCUUUUAAUUAAACAUGAAAAGGGAAUCCUUCAAUCACAAGGAAGAAUUCUGAAGAAAAUGAGAUUUAUUCCAUCAUCUCUAACGUCAAACUCCCAUAGGCUUUUGACUGCCCUUGUUGAUUCGAGGCACAAGAAGUCCUACAAAGUUAAGAACUGUGUCACUGACAUUGACCCCGAGAGGGAGAAGGAGAAGAGAGAAAGGGCGGAAAGCCAAAACCUCAAGGCUAGUACAAAGCUGAGUCAAGCGAGGGAGAAAAUCAAGCGCAAGUAUCCACUUCCUGCUGAGAGGAGACGACUUUCCACAGGGUACUUGGAAGAAGCUCUUGAAGAGGAUGAGGAGACAGACCACUACCGCUCAAACCGUGGCUACGAGGAGGAUCUCGAAGCAGAGGCGCUACGGGAACGGCGAAUUAUGAACGCCAAAAAGAGCCACAAAGGCUUUCCGGGGAGGUCUUCAGGGACUUCAGCGAGACCGUCAAGGCGUCGUCAAGACGAGUAUUCUGAGAGUGAGAGAGAGGAAUCAGAGUAUGAGACUGAAGAAGAAGAAGAAGAGGAGGAAAAGUCACCGCGCCGUAAAAGGGUCAAGGAACCAGUAGAUGAGUAUGAGGAAGAUGCAGAAGAAGAUGAGGAGGAGGAAGGAGGAAAGGCUAACAGAUAUUCAGAGGAAGACGAAGAAGAAGAAGCUGAGGGGGUAAGGGCAGAUAAGGGCCGUGGGAGUAGCCGGAAAAGGAAAGGGAUUGAGUCCGACGAGGAGGAGUCUCCGCCGAGAAAAGUUUCGACUCAUCGUCGUAUGGCCAUCGUUUAUGACAGUGACGAAGAUUAAAAAAUAGUUAUUAAAUCUUUCCCACACUCGCUUCCUCAACUUUGUUAUAAAUGUAGUCUGGAACUAGACUCGUUUUAAUUAAAUAUAAAGACAUCAAAUCAUGUGAUCGAAUUGUUCAUUUAUUAAAUUUACUAGCUAUAUAACUCGCACGUAAGCGAGUCUGUAUUAAUAUUUUAGUUUAUUUUUUAGCUACUAUCUUUAAGAUUAUUAAAAAUUAUAUAUAUUUAUA